GAUAUGUACCAGUUUGGCUGCUAUCGCAAUAAUAGUUUCUGACAUUCAUGAAAAUUACCCAGUAUAUAUAGAUAGUCAGGCGCGAAUACUGGUUGGUAAAGUUUGUUGACGAGACGACGCCUUCCAAAUUCCGUUUGAAUUUGAAUUGAAUGCAUCAGGUAUAAUGAAAUGGUUCCCACUAGAAGAACUAGAAGUAGGUCAAGGCGGUCUUCUAUACUUAAGCCUCCGAAACCACGACAACCACUACAGAACUUAAAUUUCAAUAGUUCGUCUAAUGAGAGUAGUCCAGCAACUACAAUAAAACUUAAAAGACGUGUCAGCUUUGCAGAGAAAAAACAUGUGAAAGAAUUCUGUAAUUCCUUGGAACAAGGGACUGUAUGGGACAGUACGUACGAAGAACAUGAUUUAAGUAAUAUUAAAGUAACAUUCUCUUCUGACAAAGAACCAUGUAAUGUUGAAAGUGUGCAUAAAGAAAUAGAAGAGGCAGACAUUAUUAACGAUUUUGUGAAUACUCAUUCUGAAAUUGUUGAUAAUUACAUAGUCAAGGAAAGUAGUGCAUGCUUAGCACCCAAUGAAGUAAUACAAAAAGAUCUAACUGUAGCAGAUUAUGAAGCACCUUAUGAAAGCUUAGUAGAAUGUACAGAACUUGCAUGUAUUCCAUCAACUAAGAAAGAACUAUUACCAAACGCAUCUUCUAUUAUAUUUCAUGAUGAAGUGGAAGAAGCAAAUGACUCUGUACUUUUAACUGAUGUACCAUUGAAUAGUGAACGUUGUAUGUCUAAGAGCUUCACUGUGUACGAGGAUCCAAAUGUAAAUGUAUUUAAAAAGGUUGUAAGUUGUCAAGAAUCAGAUGCAAAUAAUCUUAAUUGUGUUAAAAUGAAUACUACUUCUAUUUUAAAUACACAUAUGGAGUUUACAGAAAUGAUUAGUAAUAAAAUUUAUUCUAAUAUAAAUUGUAUUGAAAGAGAUAAAAUAGAAAUGUCACUUCAGAAUACUUCGCUAGAAUUAACUCAGGUAGUUCCAACUUCAAUUCGGUAUUUAGAGUCUGUUAAACCUUCUCAGCAAGAUAUUGUAAAUCUCAACCUUAACACAACUCAAAAAUAUAAUGAUAUUUCAAUGGAAAUGACUACAGUAGUACCAACUAGACCAUACAAUUUGCAAGAAGACUAUUAUGGAAUUGAUAAAGGAAUUGAUGUUUCUCGGGAAGUAUCAAUGGAAAUGACAGAAGCUAUAGAAAUGAACACUCACACAGGUCUUAUGCAACAAGAUAAAGUAGAUGACACAUUAUCAUUGAUAAAAACAAUUCCACAAACUAAAGAUGAUAUUACACGCAUGGAUGAAAACAGUAUGGAAAUGACUAAAGCAGUUAAUACCUAUUCUGUAAUGGGAAAUAAUUUAGAAAAUUCGAAGUGUAUAAAUCCUUAUAAGAAAUUACUAAAUUUUGAUAAAACUGUACUGCAUAAUGAUCAAGAAAUGGAAUUUACUACAGCCAUAUCAACAGUAAUUAAAAUGCAUUCAGCUAACUUGAAUUUAGAAUCAGACAGAACUAGGAUAUUUCACAAUAAUUCAAUGACAAUUACAGCUACUAUAUCAUCUGCAAAUAAGAUGGAUACUUGUAAAGAAGAAGCAACAAUUACUGAACCAUCCAUUAUGGAACUGACUGAAGCUGUACUACCAUUACAAAGAAUACUUCAAAAAGAAAAUUCUACUGUGGCUACUUCAGUAAUCAAACAAACAAUAUCACCUAAACAUGUUGAAAAUAGGUCUUUUUCUACAAAUUCUUUGAAUCAAACUAGUGUACCUGAUAAUGUCUUAAGAGAUAUAACUGCUUUAGUAGUUCCUCCUUCCUUAAACUCAAGUGAAUCUCCAGAUAAAAUGGAUUGUACAAUAAAUAAUUCGGAGGAAGACAACCACAAUGAAAAACUUACCAAGAAAACUCAGGAUGUAGUAAAUAUUACUUCAGCUUUAAAUGAAAAUAAUGCAGAAGCAGCUUGUGCUAUGUUGCUGUGCAGUGAAUCUCCAGAUAAAAUGCUCUAUACACUAAAUAAUUCGGAGGAAGACAGCCUUAAUAAAAAACUUACCAAGAAAACUCAGGAUGUAGUAAAUAUUACUACUAAUGCAGCCUUGCAUGUUGAACAAGAUACUUAUGCUUCAGCUUUAAAUGAAAAUAAUGCAGAAGCAGCUUGUGCUAUGUUUAACUCAGUAUCAAAUAAGUCUUUGCACACUGUAACAUCACAUGCAAACGAAAAUGAAUGCUUGCAGCACAAUGACUUAAAAGAUAUUGUAUCACAUCCUAGAAGAACAUACAUCAUAAAACCAUUAAGUAGUGAUAAUUCUUUUAUAAACAGUCUUAAAGAAUGUAGUAAAAAUCCAGCAACCAAUAAUGAUACAGAAGCGAAAGAUAAUUGCUCUGACCAAUUUUUAUUAGAAAAUAGAGGUUCAUUCUUCAAUCAAUCUUUAGAGGAAUUGGAGUCGAUUAAACCACCAUCAUUUAUUUGUUUAGAUGAUUUGUCAGAUGAAGGUGUAUCUGCAAAUACUAAUUACAAUCAGGAAAUUAAUGCAGACAAAGAAGACUGUUCACUUUUAAAAAGUGUUGAGACAUCUAGAGUAACUGAUUGUGAAGAAACUCCAAAAUUUAGUCAAGAAGUAGUAUUAGAAGAAGGCAUAGAUGAGUCUAGAAAAUGCUUCAAUGAAUCUCCACCUUUAGAUGAUCAAUCAAUCAAUUCAAAAUCCGAAUUAAAUAAUCAAACACGGACUUGUAAAGUUGAACAAUUGCAAUUAUCAGUGGUAGAUGAUAUUAAUAUGGAAAUUCAAGAUUUAAAUAGUUCUUCGUCAACAAUAGGUGAUAACGAAAGAAAUUCUGUGUAUAAUAUUGUGAGUGUUCCUCGAUAUAUGAAUAUACAGAGUAAUUCUAAUAGAGAGAAUCAAUCCAUGGAACCCGUCCCUUUGAAUAGAAGUGAUACCUGUGAAGAAAUUCUUGAAGUUCAUUCUCAAAAUGAUCAUCUAUCUGAUAAUAAAAUAAAAGUGCCUAAUGAUGAAAAUGUAUUAAAUUCAAUGAAAGAAGUAGUAAAGGAAAGUUCAGAAAUACAGCUUUCUCUUGUAGAGAAGGAUAUUACAAUUGAAUUAGAUCCGUUUUCUUCAUUGAUAAAAGAAUUGCGGGUUUGUGCUCAAAGUGAUGAAAUUAUUUGGGAAGUAUACCAUGAAAAUAUUGAGAGGAAAAUGUUCGUAAUAGGAUUUAUAUCUUCCUCACUAUUGGCAAUAAUAUUUUUAAGCGAUGAUUGCGAUGUCAAGGAUAGUCAAUUUAUUAAAGAUAUUAAGAUAAUUUCUCGCCUUGCAGAUGAUGCGGAUGAUUUAAUAAGUAUGGUUCAUAGAAUAAUUUUAGAAAAGUUAGAUGUUAACAAAGUAAUGAGUCUUUAUAACACUUCUGAAACCAUCCUAUCGAUGCUGGAUUAUAUUUCAAAAGAAGUUAAGCUAGCCAUGGACUUCAUGUUCGAGUUGAAACGUUUAGAAGAUUUAAGUUUGAUGGAAAUCACUCGGGAUAGAAUAUCUUUUGAUUCCUAUACCAAAAGGAUGGACAUUAUAUUGAGAAUAACAAUGAUUAUCAAACCAUUUGAAAAGAUUGAACCUCAAGACAUUUUCAUACAUUGUUUAUUAGGCUCUGUGAGAGAGGAAGAAAUCAAGAAAUUAAUAAUAAACAUAAAGAGGGAUCAUAAGUUUCUAAGGAGGUACAUGAGUGAUGUAAGAGAUUAUGUAUACUUGAUGGAAGAAUCUGCAAGCAAUUAGAGAAAGUAUUCUGGUACCUAGUUAGCAAGUAACAUAAAGACCAAUUGAAAGAAUUAAGAACAAAAGCCAAAAGUAUGAAUAUCUGUUGAGUUUGUAGGACUCCAUGGUAAAUUUGGACAUGUUCAUUUGUUUUUGUUGCAAUGAAGAUCGUGGAGGGAACAUGUUGCAGCG